AUGAGCAGCGCGGCAGCACGCGGAAUUAUGAGCCGAAUGGGUGGCGGAUGUUGUCCGCAUCACGCGCAUCCCUCAACUUCGCCAUUUCGUUUGGCAAAAUUGCAUGGAAAUCAAGGUUAGCUUCUUUUUUUUUGAAGAAAAAUGUUUUAUUGUGAUAUUUUUCAGGUAAUACCGAUUAUGCUUUCGAGAUGGUUUGUUCGACUUUGAGAUUUGGAAAAGGUGUCACUUUGGAGGUUAGUGAGUCCGAAAGAACUGGAAAAAUGGCCUAGAAAACCGAAAAUAUAGUUUUUACGGCCUAGAAAUCCAAAAAUAAUAGAAACCAAAAAUAUGCUUUUGGUGGCCUAGAAAACGAAAAAUGUGUUUCUGGUGGCCUAGAAAUCCAAAAAUUUGCAUCUGGUGGCCUAGAAAUCCAAAAGCAUGGCCUAGGAAACGAAAAUGUUACUUCUGGUGGCCUAGAAAUCCAAAAAUGUGCUUCUGGUGGCCUAGAAAACCAAAACCACAAUUUUGAUGGCCUAGAAAUCCAUAAAUUUGCUUCUGGUGGUCCAGAAAACCAAAAAAUGCUUCUGGUGGCUUAGAAAACGUAAAAUAUAGUUUUUAUGGCCUAGACAACCAAAAGCAUGGCCUAGGAAACCAAAAAAUGCUUCUGGUGGCCUAGAAAACCGAAAAUAUGCUCCUGGUGGCCUAGAAAUCCAAAAAUGUGCUUCUGGUGGCCUAGGAAACCGAAAAUAUGCUUAUGGUGGCCUAGAAAUCCAAAAAUGUGCUUCUGGUGGCCUAGAAAACGAAGAAUAUGCUUAUGAUGGCCUAGAAAUCCAAAAUCAUGGCCUAAGAAACCAAAAAUAUGCUUCUGGUGGCCUAGAAAACCAAAAACAUGGCCUAGAAAUCCAACGAUUUGCUUCUGGUGGCCUAGAAAACGAAGAAUAUGCUUCUGGUGGCCUAGAAAUCCAAAAAUGAUCUUCUGGUGGCCUAGAAAACCAAAAAUUUGCUUCUGGUGGCCUAGAAAACCACGCCCGCUCCGAAAUCCUAAAUUUUCCAGAUCGGUCACGACAUUCGUCAACUCGGCGCCAAAAAAACCCUCCUCCUAACCGAUAAAAACGUUCAAAAAACGAUCGCCUUCCAAAACACCGAACUCGCCUUGCAAAAAGUCAACGCCGACUACGAAGUCUACGAUAAUGUGCUCAUUGAGCCAACCGACAAAUCAAUGCAACACGCGAUUUCCUACGCAAAAUCCAAAAAUUUCGAUAGUUUCAUUGCGGUCGGCGGAGGAAGUGUGAUUGACACAACAAAAGCAGCGGCGCUCUAUGCGUCGAAUCCCGAAGCGGAUUUUUUGGAUUUCGUGGGACCGCCCUUUGGAAAAUCUCUUCAACCAAAGAAUCCGAUGCUUCCGCUGAUUGCGGUUCCAACAACUGCUGGAACUGGAUCGGAAACUACCGGAGCUGCUAUUAUGGAUCUACCAGAGCAUAAAUGCAAGACUGGUAUUCGAUUGAGGUGAGUUUCAGAUGGCCUAGGAAUCCAAAUCUCUUCCAUUUUUCUAGAUGCAUUAAGCCAUAUCUGGCAAUUGUGGACCCAUUAAACGUGAUGAGUAUGCCACGAAAUGUCGCAAUUUAUUCUGGAUUCGACGUCUUAUGCCACGCUUUAGAAUCGUUCACCGCAUUGCCAUAUCAUCAAAGAUCGCCACGUCCAGCAAAUCCACAAAUUCGACCGGUUUAUCAGGGUUCAAAUCCGAUUAGUGAUGUUUGGAGUAAAGAAGCGUUGAGGGUAAGGUUUACGUGGAUGGGAUUUUCUAAAUUUUUCUGGAAAAAAUCGUCAAACCUCCUAAAUUUUUGGGUGAAAAGGGCAAUCGCGCUCUACUGCGAAUUUAGGCGCUGGGGAAUUUAAAAAAAAUAAAUAUAGGAGGCUACUGAAAAUCCUGAAACUAUAUCAUGUUGGGUGUCUAAAAUCGUCAAACUUUGUGGGAAAUCUGAAAAUGACAUCAAAAACUUCUAGAACUCCCCGGCUGAAAGUUCUGGAAGGGGUUUGAAUGUCAUUUUCAGAUUUCCCACGAAGUUUGACGAUUUUAGACACCCAACAUGAUAUAGUUCAGAAUUUUCAGUAGCCUCCUCUAUUUAUUUUUGAAAAAAAUUCCCCAACGCUAAAGUUUGCAGUAGAGCGCGAUUGCCUAUUUCCAUCCUAAAUCCAAAUUUCUUGCAGAUAAUCGGAAAAUAUUUCCGUCGCUCAGUCUUCGAUCCAACCGACGAAGAAGCGCGCACCGAAAUGCUCAAAGCCAGCUCAUUUGCCGGAAUCGGAUUCGGAAACGCCGGAGUUCAUCUAUGUCACGGAUUGUCGUAUCCAAUCAGUUCGCAAGCUAAGAAAUGUGUGGCUCAUGACUAUCCGCAGGUUAGAAUUAUAUAGCAAAAUGCGUGAAAAUUCCCCAAAAACCCUUUAAAAUUCAGGACAAAAAACUGAUUCCACACGGUCUGUCAGUGAUGACAACUGCUGUCGCCGAUUUCGAAUUUACCACUGAAGCUUGUCCCGAUCGACAUCUAAUCGCUGCUCAACAAUUAGGAGCAAAUAUUCCCGAAAAUUCAUCGAAUGAAUACAUUUCGAAAACACUUUGUGAUCAAUUGAGAAGUUUUAUGAAAGAUUUUGGAGUUCCGAAUGGACUUAAAGGAAUGGGAUUCGAAUUUAGUGAUAUUGGUGAGGGUUUUGGGGAGGGUUUAUGCUGGAAAUCAUGAUUUUCAGCGCGAAAAUUUCAGCAAAAAAAUGAUUUUUUUUGUAUUGCAAUUGUGAAUUAAAGGUGUGGUUCGACAAGUCUCAAAAAAACGCUCUGCAAAAAUAUGCGGUUUGUGAUGUUUGGAAGUACGCAAAGGCAUCAAACAUGACGACAAUUUUUUUCUUUUCCCCCUCUCAAUGUUUCAACAGAAAAAAAACGUCUCUCGUGUUUUUUUUAUUUUUUAUUUGUUUUUUCAAAAAAUUCAAAAUUUCAGCUCUUUUAAAUGGAAACGAAAUUGAAGAACACGCGCGGAGAAUGUGAAUUUGACCCAACACUGGAGGAGAUGGAAAAGCACCGUAGAUUGAUGAACGAACGAGAGAUUGAAGAUUCUAAAAAAUGCCUGAAAAAGUUGUUUAAAGAAUACGAGGCAACAUGUUUAUGUGGUAAAUGUAAUAAUUUGGAUGACAUGGAAUAUUGCUGCGCGAGUAUAUUCCCAUCAAAUGUGAAAUUUCAAGCGAACAUAGGAAAAUUGGUGUCGGAAAAACUCGAAGAGAAAUUUUGGAAGGGUGAACACAACAGAUGUAUUGUUGAUUGUGAUAAUUUCGAAAAAUAUUUGGACGAGGAAGUGGGUUCUGUACAGGAAAACAAUGAAUUAAUGUAUUAUUUCAGACUUUGAAAGUGUUCAAAACUGGAUAUAAGUUUGGAUUGGGAAUUGAUGAUAAUUCUUGGAAACCAACGUGAGUCAAUCUAGUUUUUUUCUAAAAUUCAUAAGAGUUUAUUAUAGGAAUUACCGAUUUUACUCAUAUUCAAUGUUUGUUGCGGAUCUCAACUUGAAACUGAAAAAGAAAAGGUUGCCAUUGCCUGCUUGCAUCAUCAAAAGAGUUCGAGAAAAAUGGCCAUCCUCCAGCUACACCGGUUUUUUAUCUGGUUUCACUUUUAAUUAUGAGAAUGAUUGUGAUUGA